UGCCUUCCCCGCUCACUCAGCCUCCUCCUGGCGUCUCCUCCGCUCAAGAAGAGGAGGAGGAGGAGGAGAGCGUCCUCUGCUUGCCUGCCUGCCUGGCUGCCUGUCGGUGCGCGCUUGCGGGGGAUGCGCCAGGAGGGCAAGGACUGGGGCUGAGGGCUCCCCUUGGGCUCCCACCCGGGGACAGGAGGCAGAGGGCGGCGCCGGCUCGCCCUCCCAUGUGCCCGCAGCCCCAGCAGGAGCAGGAGGGAACUUUGAGGCUGGCUCCGGAGCGGGCGGACGCGCCUCUCGCCUCCCGCCGCUGCCUGCCAUGGGUGCCCGUCCUCCACCUCUUCCUCCCCCUCCGCCUCCCCUUCCUCCGCCUCUCGCCGCCCUGCUCCUGGCCGCCGCCUGCUGCUGGGGCUGCUGCUCCGGCUCCGCCGCCCUCCUCCACCAGACCCCGCACGGAGGUCCUGCUUUGGGAGACCUGGAGGAAUUCAGGCUUGUCAUCCCAAUUAGCACUAACUCUGAGGGCCGGUUCCUCUCCAAGGUGGUGUCCGGGGCUUCCAAGCCACGCUUUCGAAGGGAUGCCGAUGCUGCUGGGGACCCUGCUGCCAGCCAGCACAUUUUCUACAAUGUCACCGUUUUCGGACAAGAAUUCCACUUCCGUCUGAGGCCCAACCGCAGGCUGGUGGCUCCGGGGGCCACGGUGGAGUGGCAAGGGGAGGACUCCAACCUGACCUCUGUGGAGCCGCUUCGUGGGGAUUGCCUCUACGUGGGGGAUAUCACCGACUUGCCUAAUGCCUCUGUUGCCAUAAGUAAUUGUGAUGGGCUGGCUGGCAUGAUUCGCACCGACAAGGACGAGUUUUUCAUUGAACCUCUGCAGAAAGGGAAGCAAGAGGAGGAGGAAGGUAGGACACAUGUGGUGUACCGCAGGGCAGCUGCCAAGAAAACACUUCCCAGUGAGCACCCAGACAUCCAGCAUAGAGAGACUGAUCUGAGCAAUCUAGACAGCAUGGUGAACGUAUUGAAAGAUGAGAUUGAUACCUCACGAAGGAGAAGGAGAUAUCCAAGGCAUGCAGCUGAUGAUGAUUACAACAUUGAAGUGCUCUUAGGCGUUGAUGACUCGGUUGUACAAUUCCAUGGGAAAGAACACGUUCAGAAAUAUCUUCUGACCCUCAUGAAUAUUGUUAAUGAAAUCUAUCACGAUGAGUCCUUAGGUGCCCAUAUUAAUGUUGUGUUGGUGAGAAUCAUCAUGUUGAGCUACGGGAAAUCCAUGAGUUUAAUUGAGAUCGGUAACCCUUCUCAGAGUUUAGAGAAUGUGUGUCGCUGGGCCUACCUACAACAGAAGCCUGACACCGGACAUGCAGAAUAUCAUGAUCAUGCCAUUUUCCUCACAAGGCAGGAUUUUGGCCCUUCUGGCAUGCAAGGCUAUGCUCCCGUUACUGGCAUGUGCCACCCAGUCCGAAGUUGCACACUUAAUCAUGAAGAUGGCUUCUCCUCAGCGUUUGUUGUAGCCCAUGAGACUGGACAUGUAUUAGGCAUGGAGCAUGAUGGCCAAGGCAACAGAUGUGGGGAUGAAGUCCGAAUGGGAAGCAUCAUGGCUCCCCUUGUCCAGGCGGCAUUUCAUCGCUUUCACUGGUCCCGAUGUAGCCAACAGGAACUGAAUCGCUACUUGCAUUCAUAUGAUUGUUUACGUGAUGAUCCAUUUGACCACGACUGGCCUUCCCUUCCCCAGCUGCCAGGAAUCCACUACUCCAUGAACGAACAGUGCCGCUUCGAUUUUGGUCUGGGCUACAUGAUGUGCACAGCUUUCCGUACCUUUGAUCCCUGCAAACAAUUAUGGUGUAGCCACCCUGAUAACCCUUAUUUCUGCAAAACAAAGAAAGGACCUCCAUUAGAUGGAACCAUGUGUGCACCAGGAAAGCAUUGUUUUAAAGGUCACUGUAUCUGGUUAACUCCAGAUAUCUUGAAGCAAGAUGGAAACUGGGGAGCAUGGAGUAAAUUUGGUUCUUGUUCACGAACGUGUGGAACAGGAGUGAAGUAUAGGACCCGGCAGUGUGAUAAUCCACACCCAGCCAAUGGAGGCCGCACAUGUUUUGGCCCAAGCUAUGAAUUCCAGCUCUGUAGCACACAAGAUUGUCCUAAAGACUUUGAAGAUUUCAGAGAGGAGCAGUGCAAGCAGUGGGAUCCUUAUUUCGAAUAUCAAAAUAUGAAGCACCACUGGCUUCCAUAUGAGCAUAAUGAUGCUAAAGAGAGAUGCCACCUGUAUUGUGAGUCCAAGGAAACAAAUGAUAUUGUGUAUAUGAAGCGGCUUGUACAUGAUGGAACUCGGUGUUCAUAUAAAGAUUCUCAUAGUAUCUGUGUGCGAGGGGAGUGCCUGAAAGUUGGUUGUGAUAAGGUAAUAGGAUCCACAAAGCAAGAAGACAAGUGUGGCGUUUGUGGUGGAGACAACACCCAUUGCAAAGUGGUGAAAGGAACCUUCUCCAGAGCACCAAAGAAACAAGGUUACAUUAAGAUGUUUGAAAUCCCAGCUGGUGCAAGGCACUUGCUUAUACAAGAAUCUGAUGCCACUGUUCAUAAUCUUGCUAUCAAAAACAAGGAAACAGGGAAAUUUAUUUUAAAUGAAGACAACUAUGUGCCAGACUCCAAAGUGUUUGUUAAUAUGGGUGUGGAGUGGGAGUAUCGGAAUGAUGAUGAUAGAGAAAUGGUGCAAACUAUGGGCCCUUUACGCAGUGGGAUCAUCGUUCUGGCAAUUCCUCAUGGUAAUAUCAAGAUUUCACUGACGUACAAGUAUAUGAUCCAUGAAGACUCCUUGAAUGUCGAUAACAACAAUGUUUUAGAAGACUCUGUAACAUAUGAGUGGGCUUUGAAAAAAUGGUCUCAGUGCUCAAAACCCUGUGGAGGAGGUCAUCAAUUUACAAAGUAUGGUUGCCGGAGGAAGACUGACCACAAAAUGGUUCAUCGUAGUUACUGUGACGUUAUCCAGAAACUGAAGCCCAUUCGUAGGGUGUGCAAUCUCCAGGAAUGUUCCCAGCCCAUAUGGGUUACAGGUGAUUGGGAACCAUGCAGCAAAACCUGUGGGAAAACGGGUUUUCAGGUGCGUUCUGUCCGGUGCAUCCAACCUCUACAUGACAACACAAACCGCUCUGUUCAUACCAAAUACUGCAGCAGUGAUCGCCCAGAGGGUCGGAGGGCUUGCAACCGGGAACUUUGCCCGGCACAAUGGCGAAUAGGACCCUGGUCACAGUGUUCCGUAACCUGUGGUAAUGGUACACAAGACAGGCAAGUACUUUGCAGGACAAGAGAAAAUCUCAUUGGCCUUUGUAGAGAAGAAAAGCCAGAGACAACAAGAUUAUGCAGACUACCUUUAUGUCCUAAAAAUUCAUCGGAUACCUCAAAGAAGACUUACAUGAUACAGUGGCUGUCAAGACCAGACCCAGACUAUCCUAUCCAGAAAAUAUCUUCAAAAGAACAUUGCCAAGGAGACAAGUCAAUGUUUUGUCGCAUGGAAGUUCUCUAUCGGUACUGUGCAAUUCCUGGUUACAAUAAACUGUGUUGUAAGUCUUGUAAUUUGUAUGGUAACAACACAGGAAUUGGGAACGCCACAGAAUCCAACCGUAGUAAAGUGAAUGAUAUUGAAGAGGAGACCACUCCCACACUUACAACACCUGUUGAUGUUCCCAUCUCACAUACAACUUUGGGCCCACCAAUUGUUCCUAAAGUGAACAUCACCAGUUCCAAUACAACGGUAGAUCAGCCGGAAGGUAACGCGGUGGACGUUCCAUAUAAAAUUCAUGGGCUGGAAAAUGAAGUGCCACACCACAACAUCAUCUUGAGGAGAAAACCACCUUAUGAAAGGACAAAGAACCAAAGAAUUCAGGAGCUGAUUGCCGAAAAACGGAAAAAAGAGAUGCUCAGGAAAUUGCUUUAAAAUGAAAAUAUACCCCAUGUUUUUUCUCUCUUAUAGAGAUGUUCCCAAUACCGCAGUACUGCCUAUGUUACCAUAGAGACUAAAGAUAAAUAGUGGUGCUAUGGCAGAAAUGCCAAAUGCUAUUACCUUCAGUACAUGGAAAUUUAAGAUUAUUUAAUUAAGGUUAAUAUAAAUAUUGUAAUAAUGGCUAGGAUUACAGGUUGCUGCAGAAACUAGUGCAAUAUCCUUACAGAUUUCACUGCUCCAACCUAGCCAAGGUCAGCAGGGCUCUGACUUUGUGUGGUCUCUGUUGCUCCCUCAGUGUAUUUGCAGGAAUCCAAUGGGAUGUUAUUGUGGCACCCUCAACGUAUUUGACAAGAGGUUUUAAUAGCUGGCUCUAAAAGCCUCAGUAAUGUUCAGAGGCCUGUCGUGUAGCCAGUCAAGCCUCAGCUUCAAGGAAGGAGAUUUUGUUUCUUCAAACACUCAUGCUUAGUUGACUAACAAAUCUGAUUGAUUGAUUAGAAUCUAUUUCAAAGUCAAUGUGCCAGAAUCCAGUGUGCCAAUUGCACCUGGCUUUUCCACUGAAUUCAGUGGUGCUAUUCCCAUACUCAGGAAGCAACAAGGAGUACCACUGCAAGUUCAAGGUGAAAAUUAAGACCCUGUUUCAGGAAUCAAGCAUAAUGGUUUGUGCUUUCUGUUAACCACUGGAAAAGCAAAGGAGAUAGGAAGUGAUGCUGCUUACUGUACAAAAUCCAGCUGGGAAGGGCCAAUUCUUCUAGUGGUGUAAGAGAGGAAACCCCCUUAUGCUGAUAAAUAUAAUCCACAUCAAAAUAGCUUUUAAUUUUCUCAUUUAUUCAGAAGAAAAAGUUUACACACUAUUGCUGAAGGUUUCUACACAGUGAAGGGCAUCGUUAUACCUGUUUUCUUUUUCUCACACUUUAGAGGCCAACAAUGGCAUAACAUUCAUGUAUCCAUUAGACCCAUCAGUGUCAGGGAGACAAACCACUUGCUAAAGUAUAGCACUUAAUUCUGAAAUAGACUCCUCUAUCCAUAAACAUUUUAACUGUCCAAUGUGUGUGUCUUCAUUCCUACCAAUCAGGAAAUAUUAAUAUUAUUCUUGAAAAAAUAUUUGAAAUAAAACUUAAUAUACUAACUCACUGGAUGGGCUGCCCAAAUGAUCCAUAAUUUAGUUUUAUGUGCAUUUCCAAAUAUCUGCAUUUCAUUCUAAAUGUUUCCAGCACAGUUAUUCAGAUCAUUUAUUCCAGCUUUUACAGACAGUCUGAUUUAUUUACAUAACUGGAUUUCUAGGUUUUUUUCAGUUGGUGCUUUUCUGUGACAAAGAUAUAUGGUUUUUGUUUUAUUGCAGUUACUACAGUAUAAUGUUUGUCAUUGUGGCAGUGAACAACUUGUACCAUCAAGAGUUAAUUAGAACAGUUGUACUGUACCAGAAGCAAACACAUGUCAUUAUGCAUAUACAUGUAGACAAAAUACUGAAUCUGCUUAGAUCUUAGAAUGUAUAAUUUGACAGCCCUUUGAGUACUGGUUUCAUCUCAUAUAGCACUUUUGGAAAGCAAGCAUGCAUGCAGGCACAUCACAGUUUAUUGCUGUUCACUUUGUUCAGAGACAAAUACACAGCCAGUUCCUAAAGAUGUUCGUUCAUUAGUAGUCACACUAAUUGGGUUUACUACUUCAUACAUGAGUUUGGGACUCCAGCUUCCAAUUGAUUACAAAAAUUUUACUUUGAAAAGUUCUUUUGGGUUAAAAUUUAAACUCAUCUAAUUUUAAAAAUAAAGCAAUUAUGAACAAAGAUGGAUCAGAUUCAUAAGUACCUCUACUGUUUUUACCAUAUAUCUGACUGAGGCAGAUAAUUGACAACAGGCAUAGAUUUUCAAUCUGACUAAUAAUAAUAAUGCAGACUGAAAAACUAACUAACAUCUUUGUGCAUUGAUUUACUUUGUUAUUGAUAAGGAAGGCUGAACAUUCUUGUGAUCAUUCUACCAGGUUUAUCUCUAUCUCAUCGUAUACCUACAGUACAAUUACUCUGUUGAGCCUGCAAGAUUCUUGUUGCUCUCUUUGCUUUCAAAGGCUUUCAAAGGCUAAUUGAAAAGGAGCUCCAUACUAGUAUAGAAUCCUAGAGUUGGAAGAGACAUCAUAGGCCAUCCAGUACAACCCCCUGCCAAGAAGCAGAAAAUUGCAUUCAAAGCACUCCUGACAGAUAGCCAUUCAGCCUCUUUUUAAAAGCCUUCAAAGAAGGCACCUCCACCACGCUCCAGGGCAGAGAGUUCCACAGGACAUGUAAGUGUGCAGCUCUCCAAGGUAUUUUAGGGGGUGCUAAUAGAGUCCCCUGGCCUUACACAGUUGGUCACCCCUGUUACACAAGUAUAUGAUUAACUUAAUUUCUGAUCAGUUGACUUCCUUUUUAAACAUUCACACAUCAUGACCCUGUUUGUGACAAAUACUAGCAUUGAUCAGGAGCAUACAUUUUGUUACACACCAAAAAUGUAUCCAGCUAUUUGGUUAGUAUUCAGAUGAGUAUGCCCAGUGAAGGUGGCACUAUGCAUGCCCUUCAAUGUAUCACCUACUUUCUUGUAGGCCAACUUUUGCACAUAAUAGUCACUGUUGAAUUCGGGUACUUGUCCACUGAAUGAAACUGAUGAAAUUUAAAGGCUUAUCAUGUCAUAGCAGAACUUUAUAAAGUAAACAUCUUGAAAUCAUAAGACUUUCUUUCUGGAGCUAUAUAGCACAUUCGAGAGAUGCCUGUUGGCAUCUUUGAGGGUGCUUUUUGUUCUUUAUCCCCUCUUCCCACCAAAGAAAGGUCACCUUUAAUCAUCUUGGCAUAUUUGUGCACUUUAUUCUUCAUCUAUCCGACUUUCUAAAAAAAUGUGCAGCUCAGAAAUUACCUUCCAUCACUAUGUAAGUAGCAUAUUCCUUUGAAAUGCAUGGAAAAAUAAUUGUGAAAACUAAUUACUGUCUUGAAAAUACAGAAAGAUAUAUGUAUUUACUAAUUACAUUUUGCUAAUUAGGCAUGACACAUUUUUGAGGAAAGACACAUCUAUAAAACAGAAAACAUAGCUUUCAGCUUACCCUUGGCUGGCCAGUUGUAUUUCUGCUCAAGUCUGCAAUAUGUUCAUGAUUCAUGAAAGGUGUUCUGACAGAAGUUUCGGGCAUUUUAAUUUAACACUAACAGAGGCAUCAGAGUACUUGAUGACAAUAUUCUCAAGUAAUUUCAUUAACAUCUCAAUAAAGGCAUGCAUUCAUUUCAAAUAAACAAAGAUAAGUUACCUCUAUAGCUCUGACCCACAUCGUAGAACAGAGUUUAGAAAAGAUAAUUCUACUAGUCCCUGGGCCUCAUUCCUCCCUUACAUCUUGAUUUCCUUGUCUUGUAAGUUGGUUUUUAAAGUCCACCAGGCCUUGUUAGUAGUUCGAAAUACACAAAUUCUGCUAGUAUUUCUGGGGUAUGCAAGCUUUCCCUUACAGGUUGGUGACCAUUAUUAACUGGGGAGUGGGAGAGGAGAAGUAUUAUCUCCACUAUAGUUGUUUAAUAAAUUCGUCAGCCAUUGUUUGCCAAUGCAUUUGUUCGUUCAAUUUUUCCAGUAGGUACAAAAAAGAGCAUCUUAUUGUUUUGUUGAUGAAACACAAGUCAUCUUCAUUCUCAGUCCUUCCUCAACUCUCAAUCUGCUCUAUUUUCUGGAUCAGCAGGGAAUCAUCUUGGCAAACAAAAUUCAUUGUCUCUGGCUUGUCUACUAGUCACUUCUCAUGGAAAGGUUGGCUGCUGUGGAUGUUUUCCACACACCAGACUAUUUACAGUUUAUGGAAAGAAGAAUUAGUUUUGCAGUUCAUGUAUCUAAUCAGGAGUACCAGAGGCAGGGAGGGCAAUGGGGCAAUGGGGGCAGAGGGAAGGGGAAGGACAGGAGGUAGCUUGCCAAAACUAACAAAUCCUUGUCAAAAUUUCUUGAUUCUUUUUGUGUGCAUGUUUAUUCUUACUUCUCUAUGAAUCUUUCAAUCAGAAUUCAGAUGGUAUUUAGAGUAUUAUUCUCUAAAAUGGAAGCAACUGGCUUGUUCACUGCAUUGUAAGAAAUCCAGCUAGUAAUUAGGCAGUAGCUACCUAAUACUUUCUUUUGAAUGGGCUAAUUGUGCCCGUGGCUCAAUGUGAGAACUUUGUAAUCUCAGAGGAAGCUGUCUGAUUUUUACCAGUUACCAGCAAUGGAGUAUAAUUGUAAACCUGACAGCUUAUUUCUGAAAACAAAUGGAGGAAUUGUUCAACAAUCUCCUUCCCUUUUAAACUGAGUGCUGUUCUGCUCCUUUCACAAGCAAAGUCACUAAAGCGUCUUAUGGCAUCCUAAGGGCUAACAUGGAAUCAUAGAAUAGUAAUCUUAUCUGGUCAUAGCCAAAUGGAGUGGUACUAUUCUCUUGAUUAAGAUACCAUCCUAUUGAUGCAGCCUAGAAUCACAUUCGCUUUUUUUUUAAGCUGCCACAUCACAGGGUUGACACAUGUUCCUAGAGCCCUUUCACAUCCAUUAUUGUCAAGCCAGGGGUCACUCAUUCUAUAUCUAUUCCUUCCUUUUCUUCUUUUUCUUCUUCCUUUUCUUUUUCUUUUUUUCUUCUUUUUUCUUCUUUCUUUCUUUCAAUCUACAUAAUAAAUAAUACUUUUAUUACAGCAAGUGAUAAAGCUUAUUUCCACAACAUGAAUAAAUUUGGUGGCAGAUAUCUGCAGUUUAAGAUGCAGUUCAAGUCCUGUUUGGAAGUCCAGGGUAACUUCUGAAUUUUCUGGAAACCUUUCAUCCAGUUGCCUCAAUAAGCACAUUUUGUUCAAAUUACAACAGUCUCCUAUAUUAUCUCUGCAGCAACAGGGAAAGGGAAACCAUUGCUCUGCUACCAUAUUUUUUUAUUUCAAAAGGACAAUAGUUCUGGUGAUAUUAUUUAUGUUCAAGCAUUUAAAAAUUAAACUCUUUAUUUUAUCUACUAAGUUGACCACUUCAAACACAUUUAUAACUAUGUGAAAGAUUCUGCUCUAGAGAAGACAGUGUGGGGGGGGGGGAUAUUUUGGCCAUUUGAUAAAAGAUGGACCCAGAUUAUGUGGUAGUGGGUGGACAUGACCAGAGAAGAAGACACUACGUAUAGGAUUUUAAGAUCCCUUUCCAGUACCAUAGAAAUGCCCAAUAGUCAUGGGAACAGACCCCUAGAAUGUUUUUUUUGUUUAAAAUAUGUCAGAAUGGUGCUUGCCCAGUACUCAAAGGGUUUUUGUGAUUUACUUUUAUUAUAUAAUGCAUUUACUACUUUUAUUUACUCAUCUACAUUGCACAGUAUUUGCUCUGUUCAUAUGGCACAGCCUUCACUUACAAUGCAUAUGCUUUAUUGUCAGCUACAUAGCCAUGAGUUGUAUAUUAAAAUGUAUAUACAAAUCAGAAUCUUUAAUUUUAUAAUUUAUUAAAAUCCAGAUGUCUGGAUUCUUUUGCAAA